AACUCUGACAAGUGCAGCGGCUUCAUUUAACCACCAUACACAUGGAAUAAAGUCGACGAUGGAGUUCAUCUGGGGGAAUUUCUUCUUCACUUUAGUAAUCAUUACUGACAGAAUAUGGCGCUCACAGUCCUUCAACGUCGGCACUGCAGGUGCCAAGAUUUUCAGUGGGCCAGCUGCGGAGGAGUUUGGCUACACGGUUCAACAAGCAACAAACUAUGAAGGCAAAUGGCUCCUGGUUGGUGCCCCAUGGAGUGGUUUGACUAACAGGAAGGGGGAUGUUUACAAGUGUCCAGUCUCAGGGUCCAGAAACAGCUGUGACAAGCUCAAUCUUCAAGAUUCUGUUAGUAUUCCAGAUGUUACAAGCGUCAACGACAACAUGAGCCUGGGUUUGACUCUUACCCGGAUGCCUGCUUCUGAUGAUUUGAUGAUGUGCGGUCCUCUUUGGGGACAGCAGUGUGGCAAUCAGGUCUUCUACCCAGGAAUAUGUGCAAGAAUGAACCCCCUGUUUCAACCUCAACCUGCCUUCUCUCCUGCCAUCCAGACAUGUGGAGGGCCUAUGGACAUCGUGAUUGUGUUGGAUGGUUCCAACAGUAUUUAUCCUUGGGCUCCAAUGACCGCGUUCCUCCAGAAAUUAAUACCUGCACUCGACAUCGGGCCCAAAAAAACACAGGUCAGUGUCAUUCAGUAUGGUGUCAAUCCGAAGUUUGAACUCAAACUGAACCAGUAUAAAACCAAAGAUGAGGUGCUAGCUGCAACGUCCAAAAUCACACAAAUGUACGGCUCUUCCACCAACACCUUUCAUGCGAUCCAAUAUGCCAGUCAGUGGGGUUUCAAUAGUAAAUACGGAGGGCGACCAGACGCUGCCAAGGUGAUGGUAGUGGUCACUGACGGGGAGUCUCACGACUCGGCCUUCAGUGAUACAGUCAUCUCCGAAUGUGAGGCACAAGGUAUCACCCGCUUCGGUAUUGCUGUCCUGGGUUAUUACAUCCGAAACGACAUCAACACAGACAACCUUAUAAAAGAAAUCAAAUCCAUUGCCAGUGUACCCACAGAGAAGUACUUCUUCAAUGUGUCUGAAGAGGCGGCCCUCUCCACCAUCGCUGGAGCAUUGGGGAGCCGCAUCUUCAACAUAGAAGGCACUGGAAAAGGGGGCGACAACUUUAAGAUGGAAAUGUCCCAGGUCGGAUUCAGCGCUCACUAUUCAAGUCGACAGGAUGUGAUGAUGCUGGGAGCAGUGGGAGCCUACGCUUGGAGCGGCACUGUUGUCCAUCAAAAAGGGUCAAAAGCUGACAUUUUCCCUUUCUCAGCCUUUGAGGGAAUACUUCAAGACAGAAACCACAGCUCACUACUGGGUUAUUCUGUCACCACACUCAGCGAUGUGUCUACAGAAUACUUUGUGGCUGGUGCACCUCGCUCCAACCACUCUGGACAAGUUAUCGUCUAUACCGUCAAUGCCCAGAAACUAUCUGCUAUAAUAGAUUCUGAAAGAGGGAAACAGAUUGGGUCAUACUUUGGGAGUGUCCUGUGCCCCCUGGACGUGGACAGAGACGGGGUGACGGACCUCCUGCUGGUCGGAGCACCCAUGUUCAUGAGCGACCUGAAGAGAGAGGAAGGCAAGGUCUACAUCUUCCAGGUCACCAAGGGUAUACUGAAAGAGCAGGGAUUCCUCAGUGGUCCCCCCCCAACAGAGAACGCUCGUUUUGGAAUGGCCAUCUCUGCCGUUCCUGAUCUGGACCUCGACGGAUACAAUGAUAUUGUAGUCGGAGCUCCACUGGAAGACAAAGGAAAAGGUGUCAUCUACAUCUACAACGGGGAGAAGAAGACAUUAAACAAACAGUACUCACAGAGAAUCUUUGGCUCAAAACUGGAUCCUCAGCUGCAGUAUUUCGGACGGUCCCUCGAUAGCUACAAAGAUCUGAAUGAUGACACAAUCCCUGACAUCUCCAUUGGAGCAUAUGGCAAUGUGGUGCAGCUCUGGUCCAGAGGUGUGGCAUCUGUCACGGCGGGAGCUUCUUUCAAACCUGAUAAAAUCAACAUUUUCAACAAACCCUGUAACAUUAAUGGACGCAAGCUUACAUGUUUCAACACCAACCUCUGUUUCAGUGCUGCAUUCAGGCCUAAGAAACCUGUUGGACCCAUUGAUAUAUCCUACACUUUGACUCUGGACGCUGACUUGCAGGCUUCACGGGUGACGUCAAGAGGACUGUUCAGUAAAAACAAUGAACGCUACCUCACAGAGAAGGCAAAAAUAUCAUCUGUGCCCCUGUGUCUGGAUUACCAGGUCUAUGUUCAGGAGGCACCAGACUUUGUCAAUUCCCUCAGUCUGAAAGUAGAAAUCGAGCAGCAGAAUGCAGAUGUGAACCCUGUCCUCGAUAGGUUUUCUUCAAGUGCAUGGGAGUUCUUUAUCCCCUUCACAAAAGACUGCGGCUCUGAUGACGUGUGUGUCAGCGAUCUGGUGCUCAGUGUGAAAACAGACACAAAGGCGUCCAGCUCAGCUCCCGUUAUGGUCAGCGCUAAUAACCGAGAACUGUCAUUUGAAGUGGUUGUGAAGAACAAAAAGGAGAACGCGUAUAACACUCAGGUCUUGGCCACUUUCUCUGGGAACCUCUACUACUCCUCUGUCUUCCCUCCUACGGAUGGAGUCAAAUGCGCUUCAACUCAAACCCAAACUGUCACCUGCCAAGUGGGAUACCCAGCAUUAAAAAAAGACGAAGAAAUGAAAUUUCAGCUGAAUUUUGAAUACAAUCUUGACAUGUUGCAAAACCAAGCCGAGGUGAAAUUUGAGGCCAAGAGUGAUGGUCAAGAGGAAAGACCAGCAGACAACAAGGUGGACAUUUCACUUCCUGUUCGAUAUGAUGCAGGGAUUGGUUUAUCAAGGCAGUCAAAUAUCAAUUUCUACGUGGCAGACACUGCAGUUCCCGUGGUAACAACGGUGACAAGUCUUUAUGAUAUCGGCCCAGUGUUUAACUUCACAGUAAAGGUUUCAACAAGUAGCUUCCCUGUCAGCCUCAUGUAUGUGACCAUCGCUCUGCCAGUGUCCACUAAAGGUGGAAACCAGCUGCUCUACGUGACCAGCGUGGACACACAAACAGGGGGGGCCGUCAGCUGCGACUCCAGCGGCCUGGUCGAUCCUCUGAAGAUCGGACUGAAGAACCACAAAGUGUCUUUCUCGGAAGAGAACCUCAGAGGCAUGGAGAAACUGGACUGCAAGACUGCAAAAUGCGAGUAUAUAAAGUGCAUCCUCAAGGACACCGAAAUAAAUAGCGACUACUUUGUGAAAGUUAAAACAAGGAUCUGGAGUGGCACAUUUAUUUCGGCCACCUAUCAGGCGAUUGAGUUGACCUCCAACUUUGAUGUGGAGACCUCCAACCCUGACCUGCUCAUCAUCGGCCUCAAACAGCUACCAGUGGUGCUGAUGGUCAGUAAACCUGGAGAGAAAGGGGAUGUUCCAGUGGGAGUGAUAGCAGGAAGCGUCAUUGGUGGACUGCUGCUGUUGGCUCUGGCCGUCGGACUGCUGUGGAAAUUUGGGUUUUUCAAAAGAAAGUACAAGCAGCUUCAGAUGGAGGAUGACGACACGCAGAGCCGCGCAAAUGUGGAUGAAGUGCUGUAACGUAAGACCUGCAGCGUCUCUCUGCUCACUGGAGCAUUGUUCUCAUACUGGUACUCGUCACUGGUGCUCAUAAAGUGCUAAUGGACUGAAGAGCAAUCACUGUAAAUUGUACAUUUGAAUUAAGUCGAUAAAAGUGGGUGGAUAAAUGGGAUUUGGACCAUUUUACAGAGGAUCGUUUUUUUUGUCUUUAUUUUGUUGAGCUUUGUGGGCUAUACAUUAAUCAGUUGCUGUCAUGCACUGACUUGAAUUCAAUGUAAAAACUGUCUUUUUCCCCCAAUAUGACAGGAUGCAAUACUUUUUCUUCUUUAGAUGACAUUAUGGAUUUAGAGUUUAACACUGUAAAGGCAUUUAAGAUAGGCAUUGCAUUUUUAUAACAACAUGGUAACAUGAUAGAAAUAUUGCAUUCUCAAUUAGAAAAACCUUAUCUUUAAUAAUGCUCAUUUGCAUUAAUCUUUUUAUUACACAUGUGGUCUGUAGCUUAUACUGCUUUGCGAUCCAGCGUCACCUCAGCCACUCAGGGCUUUUAUUGCAUUUAUUGACAUUAGUAUUUUCUAUGUAAACAAGAAAUGAUACCUUUCGUGGACAGAGUAAAAGCUGUUACUCUGUGUGUAUGUCACUGUAUAUACUGUAAGAUAGAAUUAUGAUCUUUCAUAUUGGGUUUUGUAAAUGCAAAGUUUUUACUUGUGUUGUUUUUAUCUUUAUUGAUGAUAUUUGUAAUAUUGAUGAUAUUUUGUUGUUUUUUACCAUUUGUUGCACAUCUUGUCAGGUCUUUUUUUUAGUAGCAUAUUGUGUUAUUGUAAUCUGUUAAAUGUUUAUUGAUUAUUUAAUGGUUAAUGGAGUAUGACCAGCAAAUGUUUUUGUUAAACCAUUAAAUCCAUUAUCAAAAUUGAUGCAAGUACGUGUUUUCUGUUAACCAACAGAUUGAUAACUUUGGAGCGUAAAAAAAACCACAAUGCCAUAAAUCAAUGAAACACACUUUGUUUCUCGCUCAAAUACUGUUCACUACCGAGAAAUACUUCAUGACUCUGAGAUGGCGAAUGGUACUAAUCAAAUAUGUUCUGUGGUAAAGCCUGCACUUGACCUUGGUUUCUCACUGGGGAUUGUGAGAGUUUAGGCUCAGUUAAAGCUGUAUUAGCACAAUGUUGCCACUAGAUGGCAGUAUGAUAUAGAUGACGUGUUGGCACUGUUCAGUAUUUUCUCUCUGUUCUGUUGAUGAACACAAUUCAAUUAAUACAUC